AGACAGAGAGAAGGAUGGAGGGAGAGAGGCGGAGAAAGAGGAGACCGGGCAGAGAGAGAUAGAGGUAGGUUAAAUAGAAAUGGAGAGCAAGGUGCAGCUGAAAGAGAAGGAGCUAGAAGGGGGGUGGCAGAAAUGGGUGGAAGGAGAGGAGGAAAUAGUGUGGAUAGAAGAGGAGGAAGAGGGGGGGGGGGGAAGCAAUGGUUUUGGAGACAGACAAGAAAUGAAUGGAGGGAGAUCGAAUUCAACAGGCAGAGACGGGGCACCAAAGGGGAAUGGACUGGGCUAUAAAACACUGGAAGAACUCUCUGCAAAAGAUCCAUCUGUAGUGGCUAUCACCCUGUCUUCUAAACCUGCCCUGCAAGAGGUCCUGAGUGGGACACAAAUGAGGCAAGACCUUGUGGAACUCUUCUGCCUGGUGCUGAGUAAAGCCUUCAAAGCACGUACGGACAGAGGCACCCUGCAGCACCUGGCGGGGAUCAUUAAAGAUUCAGGGUUCUUCCGCACCAUCCUGCCCCACUAUCUGGUGGGCAUGGAGUCAGAGUUCAACCCCGUCCGCAGGGAACAGUACCCACGGCACCUGGAAAACAUCGUGGCUAUUAUGUCGGAGGUCAUCAACAUCUUCCCUGCUAGCUCGGUGCAGGCUGUGAGUUUGCUGCUGACGCUGCUCCCAGCCUCCAUCUGCACCCUGAGGGCAACAGGAGUGGACAUCCAGCCUGAAAUAGAGCAGAGCGUGGAGAGUAUUAAGGUUCUGAUCAAGCACCUCCAGGAGAAAUCCAGAGAGGGAACCCUGCGCUCAGGCAGGGACACUUACGCCCUCCUAUCCACUGGAGGUGAAGAGGUGCAGCAAAAUUUCAGGAACAUAUCCAUCUACCCAACUCCUGAGGAGUUCCAUCAGGAACACAGGCCCUUCCUCAGACCCAACCUCACCUCUCAGCGCUACACCAACACUCACAUCUACCUCGACACGCACUUCCGCCUGCUGAGAGAGGACUUUGUGCGGCCACUCCGUGAGGGGAUCCAGCACUUGAUUCGGAGCAAAAUGGACAGGGGAAGGACUGAUAAUCCACUGAAGACGAAACGCUUUGACGACAUCAGAGUGUAUUUAGACACAAAGCUGGUGGUGCCCAAGUGCACCCCGACUGGCCUCGCCUACAUAGUCCAGUUUGACAUUCAGCCACUUAAGUUUGUGCGCUGGCAGAGCUCCAAGAGGCUGAUCUUUGGUUCCCUGGUCUGCCUGUCGUGUGAUGAUUUUGAGAGCUUCUUGUUUGCGACUGUGUCCGAUCGGGAUCCCAAAGGACUGGAGAAGGGACAGGUCCAGAUCGCCUUUACUGAAGAAAGCAGAAUCAAGUUGGCCCAACUUGAGAAAGAUCAAUCCUUCCUGAUGAUUGAGACCACUGCCUACUUUGAGGCCUAUCGAUAUGUUCUAGAGGGCCUACAGGAGCAGGAGGAGGACAACAUGCCCUUUCAGAGGUACAUCGUGGAAUGCAGCAAAAAUGUGCGACCCCCAGCUUACCUGCAAUUAAGAGAUGUUUAUGACCUGUCAGCUGUUGCUCAGCCCGACCAUAAGGACAGCAUGAAGCCCUUUCACAGCCUGGAUGCACAGGCCUGGCCCGAGAUGGACAAGCUGGGGCUGGAUGAGUCUCAGAUGAAAGCCUUCCAGCUUGCCCUCACAAAGGAGCUGACCAUCAUACAGGGACCUCCUGGCACUGGAAAAACUUAUGUCGGCCUUAAGAUUGCUCAAGCUCUGUUGACCAAUCAGCCUCUCUGGAGAGAUAUAUUGGGCACGGCUCCGAUGCUGGUAGUGUGUUACACUAACCAUGCCCUGGAUCAGUUCCUUGAGGGUAUUCAUACAUUUCUGCAAGAUGGAAUAGUGAGAGUAGGAGGCCGCAGCAACAGUGAGAUCCUGAAGCGGUUCAAUCUAAGGGAGCUGACCCGCUCGCCUAACUUCAGACGAUCGCUGCCGUCUCAUCUGCGUUUUGCAUUUAAUGAGAUCUACAAGGAGCUGUGUCAGGAGGAGCGGGGGAUCCAGAGUAAGAGUAUGCAGCUGGAGUGUUCUCUGAAAGGCAUCCUGCGUGAAAUCUUCCUGCAGAAGUUUAUUUCACCAAGACACUGGGAAAGUCUGCACGCACCACCUACACUGGAUGGUUUUGCGACCUACAGCGAGAAGAAGUCCAGUCUGAUCGUAAAGUGGUUCAGUUUGAGUUCCGCUGCCUUCCUGCAGAGGGAGGCAGAGGAUGCAGAUAGAGCUGAAGCAGAGGAAGCGAUGGAGUUGGAUGUUGAGGACGACCUCAUUGAAAUCGCAGAGGAAGCCGAUCUGAUCCAGGCGGAGCGGAUUAUUGAAGACAACAUGGGUCCCAGAGGUGGCAGAGAUGGCAGAAGGAAAGAAGAGGCGGAGGAGGCUGUGAGAGCAGUAGAGGACCUGAUGCUGGCUAUGAACCUGGAUAAAGAUGAAAUAGAGGCUGAGGAGAGCGAGGACGGAUGGGAGAUGCAACGGGCCCAGAAGAAAAAGAUGAAGAACAAAAUUGUGAAAGAGCUGGGGAAGAGCUCGGCCAUGACUGAAGAAGAGGAAGAUGCUGUCUUGGAUAUUUGGACCCUUAGCCAGCCAGACAGAUGGAGACUGUAUCGGUUGUGGGUGGCACGUUACCGGGUAGAACUUUCCACCGAAGUCCUGAAGUUUGAACGGGCCUAUCAGAACGCCGUGGACAGAUUGGCCGAUGUAAAACGCCACGAGAACCUCCAUCUCCUCAAGGAAGCCACGGUUAUUGGCAUGACAACAACAGGAGCAGCCAAGUUCCGUAAAGUUCUGCAGGAAGUGCGUCCGUGUCUGGUGAUUGUGGAAGAGGCUGCAGAGGUUUUCGAGGCCCACACCAUCACCACACUGAGCCAAGCAUGCCAACACCUCAUCCUCAUCGGAGACCACCAGCAGCUGCGCCCCAAUGCCACAGUAUAUGAACUUGCGAGAAAUUUCAACCUGGAGAUGUCCAUGUUUGAGAGGCUGGUGCUGAUGGGACUUCCCUAUGUCAGACUUAAUUAUCAGCAUCGAAUGAGGCCAGAAAUCGCCCGUCUUCUGACCCCACACAUCUACACAGAGCUGGAAAACCAUCCCUCCGUGUUGGAAUACGACAACAUCAAGGGCCUUACUACCAAUUUAUUCUUUGUGGAGCACAACCACAGAGAAGAAGAGAUCAAAGACGGAAAAAGCCAUCAGAACCGACAUGAGGCGGAAUUUGUAGUCUCUCUUUGCCGCUAUCUUAUCCUUCAGGACUACAAACCAGAGCAAAUCACUAUCCUCACAACUUACACUGGACAGCUCUACUGCCUGCGCAACCUCAUGCCUGCCAAAGAGUUCACAGGGGUCAAAGUGCACGUAGUGGACAAGUACCAGGGAGAAGAGAAUGACAUUGUCUUGUUGUCUCUGGUCCGCAGCAACAUGCAGGGUAAGGUUGGCUUUUUGAAUAUUCCCAAUCGCGUCUGUGUUGCCUUGUCUCGUGCCAAGAAAGGUCUCUACUGUAUUGGCAACAGUGAAAUGCUGAGCAAAAUCGAACUGUGGAGCAACAUCUUCCACACCUUGAGGCAGAAGGACCAGAUUGGGAAUGCUCUAACCCUGUGCUGUCAGAAUCAUCCAGAGCGACAGGUAAAAGCGUCUUGUGCUGAGGAUUUCAAACAAGCCCCAGAGGGGGGCUGCACCAAGCCUUGUGAGUUCCGUUUGGAUUGUGGCCAUGUUUGCUCAAGGGCUUGCCACCCCUACGACCCCGAGCACAAGCAGUACCUGUGUCAGAAGAAGUGCCAGAAGAUCUUAUGUGAUCUGGGACACAGGUGCAAACUUUUGUGCCAUAUAAAAUGCCAAAAGGAAUGUCGAGAGAAGGUUGAGAAGAUCAUAACCAGGUGUCAACACACACAGAUGGUUCCCUGCCACCAGGACCCGGAGACAUAUGUAUGCCAGGAGCCUUGCAAGAAGCUGCUUCACUGUGAACAUCCAUGUGAUUCAUUGUGUGGAGAACCAUGCACUCCUUUUUGCAAAAAGAAGGUCACCUUAAAACUAAAGUGCGGCCACAGCCAGGAAGACGCGUGCUUUUACAAAACUCGCAUGGAGAAGCCUAACUGUAGGACCCCUUGUGAGGAACAGCUAAAAUGUGGCCAUGCGUGCAAAGGUACGUGUGGCCGGUGUAAUCAGGGACGGUUCCAUUACGCAUGCUCUCACGCCUGUGAGCGUCUCCUGAUUUGCUCUCACAAGUGCAGGGAGCCUUGCACUCUUGAUUGCCCCCCCUGUCAGAAACCAUGUGAGAAUUUCUGCGUGCACAGCAAGUGUAUGAAGCCAUGUGGACAGACCUGUGCUCCGUGCAUUGAGCCCUGCGCUUGGCAGUGCCCUCACCAAAGCUGCAGUAAGCUUUGCCAUGAGCCAUGCAAUCGUCCGCCAUGCACCCGACCCUGUGCCAAGACCCUGGAUUGCGGCCACCCUUGCAUAGGUCUGUGUGGAGACAAAUGUCCAAGCAAAUGUCGCAUCUGUCAUCACGAUGCUGUCACAGAGAUUUUCUUCGGCACUGAGGAUGAGCCCGAGGCUUACUUCAUUCUGCUAGAAGACUGUGGACACAUCAUUGAAUACACAGCCAUGGACCAUUACAUGGGGACGGACGACAACCAGCAGGCAAAUGAAGGAGAGCAGGUGGCCAUAAAACUGAAGGAAUGUCCUAAAUGUCGAGCCCCAAUCCGCAAGAAUCUGCGCUAUGGAUCUCACAUCAACCGCUGUCUCGCUGAGAUAGAGAUGGUAAAGGCUAAGAUAAAUGGGAAUCAGGCAAAUAUUGAAAAAGAAAGGAAGGCCCUUCAAAAUGAGUGGAAGGAAAACCAUAUCCUCUAUAAAAUGCAUGACCAAGUGGUCUACAUGGGUAUUAAUGAGAGACUGGGACAACUGCAUCUCACAGCAAAAGAUCUGUGGAUCCUGAAAAACAAGAUGGAUUUCCUAUUGAGAGUUGCAAAGCUGAUGGAGAUCCAAAGCGAGAAAAUGUCAGCCAUGCAUCGCUUGACAUUAGGAGAGUAUGUUGAGGAGUUUGUGCGCUGGCUCAUUAACCAGCGGCAACAUUUCACAGAACAGCAGGUCUUUGAUUUGCAGAGAGAACUACAGAGACUCACCCUCCUGACUGAACUCAACGCCCGUUGCCACAUGGCGGACAGACAAGGACAAAGUGACAACAUUCAAUCAGAGGUACAAACAAUAAGAGAGGUUUUGGAAAGGUUUGUCCAAUUCACUGAGCAAGAUGAGGACAGAGUGAAAAAAGCCAUGAAGGAACUAGACAACAAGAUUCCACUCACAGGCUUGGGGAUCAAUGAUGAGGAGAGAAAGAUGAUCGUCUCGGCCAUGAAUAUUGCGUCUGGACACUGGCACAAAUGUCCUAAUGGCCAUGUCUAUGUUAUAACAGAGUGUGGAGGGGCUAUGGAGAGUCGACAAUGCCCGGAUUGUAAAGCUACUAUUGGUGGGGGCAAUCACAGACUGGCAGAUGGCAACCAAGUGGCCUCAGAGAUGGAUGGGGCACUGCGGCCUUCUUGGCCUCAAAACAACAAUUCUUUUGAUCAACUCGACUUCUGAAAGCCAUCUUGGAGAAGUCUGUUGUUGCCUAAUCAUUCCAGACUGCUGUUUGCGAUCAGUUAUUAUUUUAUGUUCAUGCUUUAAUUCAUGCUGGACUUCUCUACUGGGAUCUCAACAAAAGUGACUGAUGAUCUUCUUACAUGACAUUUACUUUGAAAAACCCUUGGAGACUUCAGUAGUUCUACCAAUACUAUUAAUGUUUUUUACCCAAAUACAAUUAUUUUGCUACUUUUGUUGUUGGAAGUUUUAACAUGUCUUCCUUUAAAAAAAAAAAUGCUUUGCUGCAGAAAGUAUAUAACUAAGAUCUUUAGCAAGUCAGGGAACAACUGAUGGAUGUAACUAAGUAACAGUUGUCCUGUGCCUUAACAAUAGGUGGCAGUAAAAGACUGUAAAAACAAAACUGAGAAAUGACUUAGAUAGUUAUCAUGCUUGCAAUGUGUUCAAAUUACAUAAAAGGUGUUUGAAUCUAUAA